GCUAGAUACCCGCACCCCACCCAUCAAUGCCUCCUAAACUGUGCGGCUCGCUCCCAAAGAGCCUGUCGCGCUCGGGGGACAAAGGUGCAGUUUAUUACUGCCCGUCCUGCGUGCCGCGGAGACGGAGUCUGUCCACGCGUCGGAGCGGCAUCAUUUCUCCCCGUCUGGAAGCCAGCCGUCUCUCAUUUUUCUCCUCUCGCCCUAUCACCACGUCCUCCGUGGUCCACGCCCGACAUGUGCCGCCGCGAUUGAGGGAAUUGUACGAGGCUCUGAAUCAGAUCCAGGGUGUUGCGACGGAGCAGGUGAAUAUCAGCAGAUUGCAGCUCGCCUUGCGCGGAUUGGAGAGCGAAGCGCCUAUUAUCCGGGUUGCUGUUCUUGGUCUGAACGAUGCGACCGCUGCGCGCAAGCUCGUGCGCUUGUUACUCGCCGAUCCGUUAAGUACAAAAGAGAGCUGGGAGGAUGCUUUAGACGCUUACGACUCUGAUCCCACCCAGGGCUUGCUCAUUCGAUAUGGCGAAGUAUCCGAGGCCAUUCCAAAUAAUCUUCUCCCUACUAUCUCUGUCCCCUCUCCAAUCCUCAAGAAAGGCAACCUUGAGAUCCUAGUCUCUACCCUAGGUGCCCAGGCAGAAUUAUCAGAUGCGCAUUUUACAGCAGACACAUUCCUCGUACCUACGGUGACGAUUCCAACUUCGCACUCCGGUCGACGACACAAUGCCGUGCGGUACCCUGUCCACAGAACUAUUGUAUGCGGCCGCGGUGUAGAUGGAUUGGUUGCAUACAACGGCUUGGUCUCUCGGGCGGACUUGAAGAAAGAGACGAGCUCGGUCUAUGGUGCUAUUGAUUUAGCAGUCACUGCCUCACGGAAAAGCAAUGACCGGAUAGCGUUUGUAGACAUUGACCGAGCGGACGAAGCCUUAGAUAAAUUCCGUGAAUCUGUGCAAAACGCCUCUCUCUAUGAACGUGGUUGGAACGGAAGUGGUGUACAGGCUGUCCAGGAUUGGUUGUCGUCGUUGCGAGCAGAAGACGGGACUCUCGACCCCUCACUCAAAUCUUUGAUCACAUCUUUGGUUGACGCCGCAGAGGCUGGAGUUGUUGCGGAUGAGAAGCAAAUAACGCAGGGUCAGAAGGCAGUGAUACUCUCAGAUGAGGCGCGGGGGAACCUGGAUCGUUCUGUGACCGAAUGGGCGGAGAGAGCACAUACAGAACUGCGCAGUUCCCUCGAAGAAGGAUUCGCGACAAAGAGUUGGAGGGGCCUCGCCUGGUGGAAGUUAUUUUGGCAUGUUGACGACGUAGGUAUGAUCACGUCGGAAAUAUUGGAAAAAAAAUACCUGCGCCGUGCCGAAAAAGAGGUGAUUUGGACAGCGGGUAGAUUCAACCAAGCCGGUCUUGAUUUGCAGCCAGCACAACAAGAAACAAGUGAUGCCACAAGUAACAGGCCCAAAUCAUAUGAGCUUUGGCCGACCCAGAUCACCACAAGCCGCACCCGGCUACUCGAGACGACGGUGCCCUCUCUACAGGCAUUGGCGCAGAGGCUCGUUCUUUUCAGCAUGUCAACUACCACCUUGACGUCAGCUCUGUCGGCUCUGACAUACGUCUCCGUCCCGGCAGCGUCUGUAUACGAAACUGGCAUAAUCGCCGCCGUUGGGUUGAUCUACUCCUUGAACCGGCAACAAAAGAAAUGGGAAGCUGCCCGCACUUUUUGGGAAGACGAAGUCCGAGAAGAGGGCCGGACAGCCUUGAUCAAGACAGAAGAGCACCUGCACACCAUCGUGCAAGAAAGUGGACGACGGAUUGAGGACGUCACAGAGUCCGAGGCCAGGAAGAAAAUCGACCGGGCCAGAAAAGCCCUGGGGGACGUGGAAUAAGCUUCAUCGCAUAGACCCAUGUAGAGCAUGCAAUGUACCAUACUUCCAGCACCAUGCGUAUCAUCUCUAUCAUACCAAACCCCAUCCUAGUAGAUGAUCACCCUCAAUCCCUUCUAACCCAAUCUACACCCUCCAUCCACUCAUUACACAUCCAUAAUGAAAGUUGACCUCACAAACUAAGCAAUCUCAACACUACCCUCCGGAACCCCCUGCCAACUCCUCAACCUCCGCGCCAAAAACCUCAUGAUAGGCAACAUCUCCUCCCUAGAUUUAGGCAUCCCAUCCCCUUUCCGCGCAUACCUCGCAACCUCCACAAACUCAAACACGCCCCUCGUCCUCUUCUCCGCCCCGUCACUCACAACCCCUGAAUCCCUCCCCGCAACAAGCAACACCGGCGUCCGACUCUUCCCCC